ACCUGCGACCGAAAACCCUAGCCGCCGUCCCCCAAUAAAAGAGAGAGCUUGGCGGAUCCAUUCCAGGGAAGAGACAACGAGAGGGAGAUCGCCAUGGUUUCGGGUUCGGGGAUCUGUGCGAAGAGAGUGCUGGUGGACGCGCGCCACCACAUGCUCGGCCGUCUGGCGUCGAUCGUGGCGAAGGAGCUCCUCAACGGGCAGCGGGUGGUGGUCGUGCGGUGCGAGGAGAUCUGCCUCUCUGGCGGCCUCGUCCGCCAGAAGAUGAAGUACCUCCGCUUCCUCCGCAAGCGCAUGAACACCAAGCCCUCCCACGGUCCCAUCCACUUCCGCGCUCCGGCCAAGAUCCUCUGGCGCACCAUCCGCGGGAUGAUCCCCCACAAGACGAAGCGCGGCGCGGCGGCGCUGGCCAGGCUGAAGGCCUACGACGGGGUGCCUCCUCCGUACGAUAGGAUGAAGAGGAUGGUGAUUCCGGACGCUCUCAAGGUUUUGAGGCUUCAGGCUGGGCACAAGUACUGCUUGCUCGGGCGGCUUUCCUCGGAGGUUGGAUGGAAUCACUAUGAUACUAUUAAGGAGCUGGAGGCAAAGAGGAAACAGAGGUCUCAGGUGGCAUAUGAAAGGAGAAAGCAACUAGCGAAGCUUAGGUUGAAGGCUGAAAAGGCUGUUGAAGAGAAGCUUGGUUCCCAGCUUGACAUCCUUGCCCCACUGAAAUACUGAGACUGUUUUCACCGAGGUUUAUUUUAUGUGGAACAAUGAUAGCAAUCCUUUUUGUUAUUCACUAUUUGGUCAUUCUCUCUGAGUUGGAACUUGCAAUAGUAGUCUAUUUUGACUACGUUUACAUGAGUUUAAGUUUGGACUGCAACUGUUGGCCCUUUCAUGCAUUGAUUUUCCUUGCAGAAUAUUUUUCUCAGGUCUAUUCCUUUAAA